UCGCGCACACGCGGACGCCGGCACACCGGUAGAGACGUCAGGAUUGGACGCAGCAGGGGAUCCCCAGCAUUCCAUUUCUGCCUCGCUUGGCGUAUCAUCAUCUUUUACCGGGAGGAGAUGAGCUCGCGCCGGUUCACACUCGCGGAGGGACGCAGAGGUAGCAGCUGCAGAGGACAGUCUUGUUUCUCCGUUUCACUGGAGCUUGCUCUUCCACUCUCUUUCUCUCUUGUAAUAGCUUCCCCAUUCUGUGCAACAAACUGUCUGCAUUGUAGCUGUCGCGUGCACUGGCCGCCGGGUCAGCGCGAGGAAACAGCGGGGAGCAGAGGGGGAAAGGUGUUUCACCUGCUAGUUGAUGUUUUGAAAAGAAAAGGACGUUCGGAAUAAAACAGCCACCUCAGAUGAACUCUUUGUUAGUUUAGAACAGAAGAGCCCGUCGCUCCAUCACUUGGUUUUUUCGCAUAGAUCUUCUGACAUUCAGGCGCGCCUUGCUGCUGGUUUAGACACAGCACCAUCGAGCCUCUGUGGGUCGCACGGUGUUUCUUUUUAUUACUUAAAAUCACAAACAGCGUGGAAAAAGGCGAGAUAGUUCCCCGGCCCCCGCAGAUUCAACAAAGUAGUGAAAUGGUUGGUGCGAUGCCUGUAGUUUUCUUAAUGAUGAUUUCCUUUAAAUGCUUGGUUCAGCAUUAGGAUAGAACAGACGAUAGAAAGUGGAAGUUUUUGCCCUUUUUUCCUCAAGUCCAACAAAGCGGCUGCUGCUGUUGUCAUAAUCUAGAAGAGGAGGACCCCCCAACCCCCCAUAGGACGAACAGUCUUGGAACCACAGACGGUACAACAGGACUCCAACAGACCGGUACCAACCAACCACUAGACCACACAACAAGUCGCUGUACAGCAGUAUGCCUGUAUGUUUGCCAGCAGCAUAAGAAGAAGCAUUAUGGAAGUGAAAGAGCGACGUCCAUACUGCUCCCUAACAAAGAGCCGGAAGGACAAAGAGGGGCCAUACAGUGGGGACAGUGAAGGCUGUGCUAUUGGUUCCCAGGGACUCCGGGUCCCCACCCAGAAGUCCUAUUCCUCCAGUGAAACACUGAAGGCUUUUGACCAGCACCAAGACCAGACCAGGUUACUGUACGGGACAACCAAGGGACACAAGGACAUGGUUCACCAUGAAAAGGAUGAUUUUAACAGACAAGGUCAACACUUCAGUCUUCGUCAGCUGGGGAUCUGUGAGCCACCGUCUCGUCGCGGCCUGCCUUUCUGCCCUGAAAUGCCUCCACCCCACCGUGGUUUCUCAGUUGGUACAGCUCAGGAGCUAGACACUGAUAGUCAGGCAGUCAUGUCCCCAGAGCAUGCUAUGCAUCUGUGGGGCCGCGGAGGUCUGGGUAAAUCAUCCGGGAGGAGUUCCUGCCUGUCGAGCCGCUCCAACUCAGUGCUGACUCUAACUGACACUGAGCACGAGAACAAAUCGGACAGCGACAAUGGUAGGAGAUCAACUGUUCGCUCCAUUUUUGAUAUCAUGUCCUGCUUUGUGCUCAAGUAACAGUUCUUAUUCAUCUCUGUCAUACUUAGAAACAACAGUUAGCUCGGUCUUUCUGAUUCAACUGUUGUGUAGCUGAUGGGGUAGACAUCCUCGUGGGCCAACUUGAAAGUAACGUUAUACUGUUAAAAUGCUACAAGAAAUCCAGUUGCACUUUUACUUUUUAAAAUCUCUUUUGGGGCCUUUUGCCUUUUAUUGGAUGCUGCCGUAAUGGAGAGUCGACAGGAAAGCAGGGAGAGAUUGCAGGGGAAGGCGCGUAGCAAGGGGCCUCAGGUCAGACUCAAACCUGGGCUGCUGAAUGUCAUGCAGCACAUGUUUGCCUUCUUCAGUCUCAGUAGAGACGAGCACAGCUGGUUCUAGCACCAGCUGCUACACUAUUUAGACAGAAAUGUAUAUAAACGUAUAUAACUUUAUUUCACAGUUUGGUCAAUGAUAGUCAUUUAUCUGUUCAUGUAAUGGAAUAGUAGACCUCUUUCAGUAAUUACAAAAAGCAAUCUAAAACUAUCAGCUAUUGUUAUUAGAGGAUCAUAAGUUGUAAAUAAAAGCAUUGAUAACAAUUUCCAAACAUGUUACUUUACCUAAUUCUGAUAUUUGGGGUUUAUGUAAAAAUGUAUUAAUUGCAACCAUUAAGUUGUUUAAGACAAAACAGCACAAACAUGGAUUUGAGAAACUUAGUUCUCUGACAUUUAAAGUGAUAUCCAAGAUUAUUGUGCACACUCCCAGGAAGUGUCCCGCAUGGUGGUCGAGCGGGGGGCAAAACCAAAAAGCCCUGCCAGUUAAAUGUACGAAUAUCUGGCAAUUCAAGGCUGCCUGGUGAGAAUCUAUUCAAUUUUCAAAGGCAACUGUUGCUUCUGAGACAUGCUGCAAACUGAUUUUUAUAAUUAUCUCAGUUUAAGUAUUUGAUAUGUUUUAAUUACUAUUUUAAAGAAGUAGUUCGCACUGUUGCCGUACAGGUGCUGAGUUUGAAUCUAAGAGGUGGCUGGGGCCUUUCUGUGUGCGUGUUGUGUGCUCUCCAGGUGCUCUGACUUCCCAUCACAUUCCAACACAUCCAUGGCUGUAAGUUAAUUGGAGAGUUUAAAGUGGCCAUAGGUGUGACUGUGAGCAUGAGCAGUUGUCUGUUUGUGUUAGUCCUGCAGUGGUUCGGUGACCUGUACAGGAUGUACUCUGCCUUUCACCCUGUGACAGGAUACGCUCAGCCAAAGCCAAGGCACUGAAACAGAUAAGCCGAACAAGAUGAAGGGAUGGACUUUCAUCACGUCAUUUCACCCAAAGAAAAUAAACUGAUUUGGUUGAGUGAAUAAAUUGUUGAAACUUUAACAUAAUUCUAGUGUAGAACAACAGACAUGAAGUCUGAACCUAAAGGAUUUGCAAUCACAAAACAUGUUACGCUUAAU